AUAUUUAUUGCAGCCGCUGAAAAAAACCUCCUCAAUAUCCCCCAAGAUGGCCGCCGAUGUAGGAUCGAUGUUUCAAUAUUGGAAGAAAUUUGAUCUACGGCGGCUCCAGAGGGAGCUGAACUCUGUGGCGUCUGAGCUGGCUGGUCGACAAGAGGAGAGCGAGCAUUCCCAUAAGCACCUGGUAGAGCUGAGCAGGGAGUUCAAGAGAAAUGUCCCUGAGGAGAUCCGAGAGAUGGUGGCACCUGUUCUCAAGAGUUUCCAGGCUCAGGUGGUUGCUCUGAACAAGCGCAGUAAGGAGGCAGAGUCUGCAUUCCUGGGAAUCUACAAACAGCUUAUCGAGGCCCCAGAUCCAGCUCCUGUGCUGGAGGCCUCGCACUCCCUGGAGGAACGGCUGCAGCAGCUCCACAGCUCAGCCCCGGACAGCGAGGCCCUGGUGCGAGAGCUCAGCCGGCACUGGAAGAAACACCUGGACUGCCUUGAAGCCAAAGAGCCCACAGGGGACAGUCCAGCAGAUGCAGCUGUGACAGAGAAAACCUCAGUAUCUAGCUCUCCAUCCUCCCUGAUGACCCCCAGCAGCACGUCGGCCCCUGGGGCCCCAGACUCGCCUCAGCAGAACCACCAGGACCAGGCUGAGGGCCAACGAGGGGAAGAGGAGGAGGAGGAGGGCGCUGAUGUUAGUUUGUUUGACAGACUAUCAGAGGCCGAGGAGAAGAUCAAAGUUCUGCGUUCAUCUUUGAAUACUGCUCAGACAGAGCUGCUGGACCUGAGGUGUAAAUACAAGCAGGAGAUGGCAACAAAGACGUCAGAAGUUGAAACCAUCAUGGCAAAUUUAGAGAAAGCACAUCAGAGAGCGGAAACGGCUCAGAGGGAAGUGGAGCGGCUAAAGGAGCAGUUAGCCAGCAGUUCGAGUGCCACCACAGGGAGCUGCCAUCCAGCAGAGGGCACCACCAAGGUGAAAAAGGAGAAGGGUGACAUGCUGCCCGCCCAGCUGGAGGCCAGCUUGUUGGCUAAAGACAGAGAAAUCCUCCACCUCCUUGAAAAUGUUCAGCGGCUGCAGUUCACACUACAGGAAGUUCAGGAGGCCUCGACCAAUCAGAUCCUUGAGAUGGAACGUCAACUGGCCUAUAAGACAGAAGCUAUUGAGAAAUUAGAAGCUAAACUACAAUCCCAGAUGGACUACGAGGAGAUUAAAACUGAACUCAGCAUACUGAAGGUUAUGAAGCUGGCUUCAACAAACGGCAGCUCAUCCCAGGAUUCUGCAGAGGCUCUUUUGCUGGAAAAAGAGGCCUUUCUUCCAUCUCACAAGUUCUUAGGAGACAAGAGUCGAAUAUUGCACAGCAACGAUGAGGAGCAUUCUGAGGAUGCAGGCAGGGAGACGGGCAGACCGCCUGGAUCUCAUUCCUCCUCCUCGCAGGCGGACAGUCAUGCCUCACCAAGCCCGGGUCCCCACACUUUGGAUGGCUCCUCUUCCAGCCACGAUCUCUCUCGUCCUUUCUCUGUGUCCCCAUGCUCCGGGGACCGACUGUCAGGGGACUAUGUUCUCCACAAGCAGCUCCUCUCCCCUUACUUCAAAAAGGAAGGCCUCGUGACUUUCCCCACCGCCCUCUAUGCAGCUAAAGUUGCUCUCAUGUCAACUUGUCAAGGGUCUGCAGGGACCAGUGCCAGCGACGCCGGCCCGCCCAGUGAUCAGUUAGAAAGCGGCAGCUCGACGGCAGGAGACGAGGACCAGCUGGACACGGCAGAGAUUGCCUUUCAGGUUAAAGAGCAGCUGCUGAAGCAUAACAUCGGCCAGCGAGUGUUUGGCCACUACGUUUUGGGCCUCUCCCAGGGCUCGGUCAGUGAAAUCCUGGCAAGACCCAAGCCAUGGCGGAAGCUGACUGUGAAAGGCAAAGAACCUUUUAUAAAGAUGAAGCAGUUUCUCUCCGAUGAACAGAACAUCCUGGCUCUCAGGACCAUCCAGGUCCGGCAGAGAGGGAGCAUCACUCCACGCAUCCGAACUCCUGAAACUGGGUCAGACGACGCCAUUAGGAAUAUCCUAGAGCAGGCCAAGAAGGAGAUCCAGUCCCAGAGAGGUGGUGAUGGGAAGGUGUCUGUGAGCAGCUCGUCGGGCAGAGGCAGUAAUGGUGCAGGCAGCAGCUCUGACGAAACCAUAAAGAGCAUCCUGGAGCAGGCCAGGAGGGAGAUGGAGGCUCAGCAGCAGGCCCUGAUGGAGAUGGAGGCCUGCGGGAGGUCCUCCACAGCCAGUUCAGGAGCUCAGGUAGAGCGCCUGGGCCCCCCCGAGCGCUCGCGAGUUCUCCCUUUACCCAUCUCCAUCAAACAGGAGGAAGGCGGUUGUGUCACGGUGUGCAUGUCCGGCUCCAUCAGCAGCCCUCAGACGCCGCUCAGCGUCCUCUCCCCGGCUGCGUUUGUUCAGAACAUCAUCCGCAAAGUCAAAUCAGAAAUUGGUGAAGCGGGCACCUACUUCGAUCAGCACUGGUCUCAAGAGCGGGGGCCUCUGGUGCUUGGAGAAGGAGGCGGCUCCCGGCCCUUCAGCUCGGUCUCGCCCUCUUUGUCUUCCUCUUCCUCCGGGCCCUCGGCCUUGGCCCGGCCCUGGCAGCGUCUGGAGAACGGCGAUGGCCUUCUCAACAGCGAGGACGCCUCGAAUGCAGAGGACGAGCUGAGCCUAGGCCGACCCGUGGAGGUGAAGGUGGAGUCGGACACCUCGGUGAGCGGCGAGUCUCCGGGACCAGGUCCAGGUCGCCACGCCUACUACCCAGCGUAUAUCCCUCGUGCUCUGAAGCCCACCGUGCCCCCCCUGACACCAGAGCAGUAUGAGAUGUACAUGUACCGGGAGGUGGACACCAUCGAGCUGACCAGGCAGGUGAAGGAGAAACUGGCGAAGAACGGCAUCUGCCAGAGGAUCUUUGGUGAAAAGGUGCUCGGGCUUUCUCAGGGCAGCGUCAGCGACAUGUUGUCCCGGCCGAAACCGUGGAGCAAGCUGACUCAGAAGGGCAGGGAGCCCUUCAUCCGCAUGCAGCUGUGGUUACUGGAUCAGCUCGGCCAGAGUCUCAGUCAGCCCCAGAACCACGGCCAUGCUCAGGAUAAAAGUCCAGUGACGGCUCAGUCUUCACCCUCCCCACCUCCUAGCCCAGCAGAGAGCCACCCCAGUCCACUGGUCGAGCCCGUCAGUCUCUCCCUGGAGAGCAGCAAAGAGAACCAGCAGCCUGAAAGCAUGGGUUUGGGGCUGCCCAUCCACACAGAGGGAGAAAAACCCACUCCCAGUCUCAUGGCUCUGCAUCAGCCCACCAACCCACUGGGCAUCCAGGAGCUGGUGGCCAUGUCUCCAGAGCUGGACACCUACACCAUCACCAAGAAGGUCAAGGAGGUGCUAACGGACAACAACCUUGGCCAACGUCUUUUUGGUGAGACCAUCCUGGGUCUGACUCAGGGCUCAGUAUCUGACCUGCUCUCCAGGCCCAAACCGUGGCACAAGCUCAGCCUCAAAGGCAGAGAACCUUUCGUCCGCAUGCAACUUUGGCUCAACGAUCCUCACAACGUAGACAAGCUGAGGACCAUGAAGAAGAUGGAGAAAAAAGCGUACCUGAAGAGGCGGUAUGGACUUCUGAGCACCGGCUCUGACAGCGACUCACCCAGCACCCGGUCUGAGUGCGUGAGUCCUGCCUUGGCCUCGCUGGACUUGUGCCCCUUCAGUCAGGUGAAGAAGCCUCGGGUGGUGCUUGGAGCUGAGGAGAAAGAAGCCCUAAAGAAGGCCUACCUGCUGGAGCCGUACCCCUCACAGAACACCAUCGAGAUGCUGGCAUCACAGCUCAACCUGAAGACCAACACGGUCAUCAACUGGUUCCACAACUACAGGUCCAGGAUGCGACGGGAAGUGCUGAUGGAGGGUCUUCCAGACAACGACACAGAUGCUGAACAGCACAGCUACUCCCCCCCGGCGACACGCAGCCCCCACUGUGAUGGAGAGGAGCGGAGGCUGCAGCAGCCCUCAGGACACGCCCGCUCCAGCAUCAGCAGCCCGCUGCCUCGUGUCAAACAGGAGGCAACAGACAGGGCAGAUGGUGGGGUGGAGCAGAGGGACAGCUCUACGAAACAAUCAGGAGUUCAGUGUUGUCCCAAAGCUGGGCCGUUCCCGUCUUUAAAGAGCGAGCACGAGGACUCGAUCACUGUUUGUCGUGAGCCCCACACAGCUGGCCAGAGCCUGACGCAGGACGAGCGGGGGAGCAGCCAGGGUCAAGGACUCUACCCUGGCACAGUUUCCAUGGAUGGCCCUCAGAGAGCCAACCAGUCUAGGCACGAGGGCGAAGACUCUGGGAAGUCGCCCGUUGAUCCGGUCAGCUUCAAGUCUUCGUCAGAGCCAUGUCGCAGCAGCCUGGAGGUCUCCCUCAACUCCCCCUCUGCUGCUUCGUCACCAGGUCUCAUGAUGUCAGUCUCUCCCGUUCCCUCUUCCUCAGCUCCCAUAUCGCCCUCGCUGCCCAAUCCUCCUCCGGCGAGCACCAAUCACAGCCUGGAUGCUAACCUGCUGCCCCCCUUCCAGAGCCCCAAACCGAACAGGAACACUCAGAGACGUAACGAGAAAAUGGCCAACCUCAAUAACAUCAUCCACAGGCUGGAGAGGGCAGCCAAUCGAGACGAAACACUGGAAUGGGAGUUUUGAGCCCUCUUUCCCAGUAGCUGGUCUAGAAGACCCCCCUCCCUGCACACAGGAAGUUCAGACAGGAGCUUCCUGCAAACACGGCAGGACCCGGCUCCUCCAGCCUGUCCUCUCACUGCUCACAGAAAUGAGAAUGCAAAUCUGAACAUGAAGCUGAAUUUCCUACA